CUCACCCAGAUCUUCGUAUACACCAAGAUGUCGUAUGUGAACGACCCAGAUCUCGUGGUCACGCCUCUGUACUACUCUGGUGGAGUUCCUGUGUUUGCACCCACUAUGAAGCAGUUCGAAGACUUCUACAAGUUUAACAAGGCCAUCAACAAGUAUGGAAUGGAACUGGGAAUCGUCAAGGUAAUUCCGCCACGCGAAUGGGGUGCUCUGCUUCCACGAGCAUACACUCGUAAGAACCUUCUGAGGGCCAACAUCAAGAACCCCAUAGUGCAGCAGAUAUCCAUCACAGGUGCUGGAGUGUACUCUAUCCAGAACAUCGAGAAACAGAAGAAGUACAACAUUUUCCAAUGGAAAGAACUCUCAGAAAGAUCCAAUUACCAGCCUCCAACACACAGACUCUCAGAUUUAAUUCCAAAUUCAACUCCAAAUUCAACUCCAAGUUCAAAUGCAAAUUACAGUACAAAUUUCAAUACAAGCACUAACGAUGUCAACGAUUCACCCUCCAAACGAUUACGACACCAUCAUCACUAUGACCCCUUGUACAACAUCGACUCCUCGCAAUUUACACCAGAACGAUGCGAAGAACUAGAGAAAACCUACUGGCGUACUUUGACUUACGCGGAGCCAAUGUAUGGCGCCGAUAUGUUAGGAUCGAUAUUUCCCUCCAACUUCAAGAGUUGGAACGUGGACCAUUUGCCCAAUAUUCUUGAUCUUAUGGAUACUCGUUUGCCUGGGGUCAACGAUGCCUAUCUAUAUGCUGGACUCUGGAAGGCCACCUUUGCUUGGCACUUGGAGGAUCAGGACUUGUACUCUAUCAACUAUUUGCAUUUCGGUUCUCCGAAACAAUGGUACCUGAUUCCGCAGGCGGAACUGGGCCGUUUUUUCAGCUUGAUGAAGGAAACUUUCACUGAUGAUUACAACCAUUGUCAUGAGUUUCUUCGUCACAAGACGUUUUUAGUAUCUCCGAGUUUUUUGGACAAACACGGAAUCAAAUAUAACAAGAUCGUUCACAACGAAGGCGAGUUCAUGAUCACAUAUCCAUUUGGAUACCAUGCCGGCUUCAAUUAUGGCUACAAUUUAGCCGAAUCCGUCAACUUUGCUCUUGACGAUUGGUUUCCCUAUGGUGAAGUAACCAAGAAAUGCGAGUGUAUCUCCGAUUCUGUUGGCAUCAAUGUCAAGCAACUCUAUUGUAAGUUUCAAGGAAUUCCCUACAAGUCAGAGCUGGACGGUAUAGACACCGAAGCAACGGAAACCGAAGCAGAAACGAAAGUUUCACCCGCAGAAAACACAGCUUCAAUAACCCCCAAAGAGACUAAACAGACCAAGCAAACAAUCAAGAACGCAAAUUUUGAAUGCUAUUUGUGUCCCAAUAUAUUCAAUUCAGCGCAAAUAUCUCUGAAUCCAUUAUUUGAGUUGGUUAGCACAGAUUUGCACGACUCGAAGACCCAUCAGUACUACAAAGUGCACAGAAUAUGUGCUGGCAUGUUUCCCAAAGAGUUGAAGACAUCUACAAAUAGCGCUGGGGACGAAAUUGUGUUGGGAUUGACUAAUAUAUCCAAGAACCAGAUGAAGCUCAAAUGCAAGGUCUGUAACAAGGGAGCAUCGAAAAAAGAAGCAGCAGUUCACGGAGCCUGCUUUCAAUGCUCGUAUCCUAAAUGCACCCGAGGAUUCCACGGCACAUGUGGAGUUUCUGACGGAGUGAUAUACUCAUUAGAAAACCACAAGCCUCUUUGUAAAUAUCACCGAAGCAAGAAGGUUUCUUCAGAUAGAUAUGAUAAGCUCUCCAAGAUUUCUGGCGACAACGGCUCCUGGGUACAAUUCUCGUUCAACACAAAUCAGUACUUUGGUUUGGUUCUCACCAACAACCUUGACGAACAUACGCUUACGCUUCUAGUUUAUCCAAACUUGAACGAUCGUAUUGAGGUGCCAUAUGAUUUUGUCUUAACAGGCGCUACGUUAAACCAGCUCGAUAAUCUGGCAUUCAUCAAC